ACUACGACAGGCUCACUAUUUCAUACAAUAAACAUUUUUUUUAUUAAAUAAAUGUUUUUAAAAUUAUAACCAUCGGACCUACACAGCUGUGUUAAGUAAACGUACAUUUCAAAUACACGAAAAGAAAUUUUAGUUGGUGAUCGUACGCUUGUACGCGUGAAAGCAGAGCUGUGCCACUUGUUACAGACUCAUCUCAGGGUGCCCCAAUAUUCAAAACUAAAUCAGUGUCAGUGAGAAAAUAAUUAUCGCGAUAACGCAUCUUCACAUUGAAAUAAAAAAAUUUAUCAUUUUUUUGAUCAAAUGAGAAAUUCCAGUUGAUCAACAGAUUCUGAUCGAAAAUUGGUGAGUGUGAGCUGGGGUUUGAUUGAUAGUGAAAAAAUUAUCUUUGAGGCAAAAUGAAUAAUGUGGUAAAAUCUCUGGCUGAUGAUGAACGAUUUGCACUGAUGAAGUUCAGGCGAAGUGUUCAGGAAGUUCUUGAGCCGCACCAUGACGACCACUUCCUUCUCCGUUGGCUCCGAGCUAGAAAAUGGGAUCCAGUUGCAGCGGAGAAAAUGUUGCGUGACUCGCUGGAAUGGAGGAGGAAGUGGGAGGUGGAUAGCCUCGAAGAUUGGGAUGAACCGCAGGUGCUCAAAGAUUAUUUACCAUAUGGACAUUCGGGGUUUGAUAAAGAUGGAGCUCCAGUCGUCAUCAUUCCGUUCUCCGGACUGGACAUGUACGGAAUUCUUCAUGUGAUAUCCCGGAGAGACAUGAUACGAAUGACUGUAAAAGUACUGGAAAGAUUCAUGCGCCUCUGCCGGGAACAGGCAGAAAAACACGGUCCAGUAGCGAAUCAAGUAACUGUCAUAUUCGAUAUGCAGGACUUCAACCUUCGGCCACUUAUGUGGAGGCCAGCUGGAGAGACGAUAAUCACUUUAAUUCAAAUGUACGAGGCUAAUUAUCCGGAGAUACUCAAGAUAUGUUUUAUAAUCAAUGCCCCGAAGAUCUUCGCUCUGGGCUUCUCAAUCGCCAAAAAAUUCAUGAACGAGUAUACAAUCUCGAAAAUUCAGAUCCACAAAGCUGAUCCCAACAGAUGGCGCCCUGCCAUCUUGAAAACAAUUUCGGAAGAUCAACUGCCCGCCCAUUUUGGCGGGUCAUUAACAGAUCCCGAUGGGAAUCCCCGACUUCGUUCGAAAAUCUGUCAGGGUGGCAAGAUCCCGAAGGAGAUGUACAAGAAGAACUUCGAUACCAACGAAGACUUCACGACAGUGGUUGUUAAAAAAGGUGAUAAGAUGAAAAUUGAUUUCGUCCCUGAGAAAUUGGGAUCGAUUCUCAGCUGGGAAUUCCGCUCCGAAGAUCAUGACAUCAGAUUCGGAAUAUUGAGAAGGGGAACUCAUGGAGAAAAAGUGGAGAUCAUUCCAGUGCGCAGGGUUGCAGCGCAUCAGUUAGAUGAGGUUGGCGUCCUGACGUGCGAGGAACCGGGAACCUACUCCGUUGUUUUCGAUAACACUUACAGUCUCUUGAGAAAUAAAAAAAUUCACUACAAUGUGAGGUUGGCUGAACCCACUGAAGGGCUUCAGGAACUUGCCUUUCAGGACGUCUAGACAUUUGUGAUGUGUUUUGUGUACAAAGAAAUCUCCUGUUUUAUAUUUUGAGGUCUCAUGAAGAUCACCACGGGUUUUUUGUAUUUAUAUGGCAUAUGAUUUGGGGAAUGUUAUUAUGACAUAAGACACGACGGGGUUAUUUCAGGAAAUAAUUUGACUAAUUAAGGAUCUUCCGGCAUUAGAGUAUAAAUAUAGAAAAAAUUGUUAAAAAUAUAUUCAUUCGACAAUUGAUGGUGUCAAACAAUCAAUCAAAUUUUCAAAACGUUUAGUUACUUUGUUUAGGAGAUGUUCAAAAACAAUUUAACACUUAUUCUGUUGAGCAAAUUGUGAAAAAUCGUGAAAACCCCCGAUAUUUCAUUUUAAAAUGUUGAAAGAAUAUGUAAUUUUACUUUGUACCAGAAGUUUCUCAUGAUUUGCUGGCUUGAUGAUUUGUAAUUAAAGAUUUUUAAUAAUAAUUUAAAACAACCUCAUAUGGAUGCCACGGAAUGACAAUUAUUAUGAACGAGAGCUUCUUUUGAUGGCAAGUGACAGUCGUAUGAAAAAUCAGACGACUUACGACGAUGACAUAAGAAAUAAAAAUGGGGAAUUAUUUUGUUUUAAGUGGAAGAAAUCAAAAGAAAAUUGGAAGCAACAAUAUAAGGAAUGAAAAGCUUUGAAUGUACGGAAUAGAAAAAAUGAGAAGAUGUCAUCCCUUCAAAUGAUCCAAUAAUUAUAAAUGAAAUCCUAUAUAUCAAUUCAAAUAUAUCGUCUAAGUAAUUUCUAAUCGCAGUGUAAUUAUCAUUAUGAAUGUUGUAAAUAAAUAAACUGUUAUGAAGCUAGGGAAUAAACAUGCCCCAUUGUGCAAGAGUAAAAGCCGA